AGCUGUUCCUUCCGCAAGCCAGGAGCAGACAGAAACCCAACUUGGCCAGAUUGACUCUCCUGACUGUGACCAAGCUGUUGCAGGGAUGCUCCUCGUUUAUUCUGUGCUGACCUGUUGUAACGAACCAGCCCGGUCCUGCCCAUCUGGGGAGCAAGAAGACCUUUGCCCAGCACCGAUCUCUGCAUCAGCAUUGAACAGGACUACAACAGUUUCUGGAAUUUUACCAGUAUUUUAGAGAGGAAUUCUCCUCGGUGAAGAGAUGCAGGGAUAGUUCUGCUGCCUGUGCUGAAAAACAGAAGGAAGGAGCAAAUCUAAAGCGGCAACGGGCCUUGUGCCUCCUAAGUCAGACAUGGAAAUCGGAGAGGGAAAUCACUUUAAAUCACCAACCAACAUAUUUUUGAAGUCGAAAAAUCUGAGAUGCAUUAGAAUUCAGAGACCUCCCUUUGCUUAAGGUAUGGUGUGAAUAUGCGUUGCUUGGCAGCUCGGGUCAACUACAAGACUCUAAUCAUCAUCUGCGCCCUCUUCACCCUGGUGACGGUGCUGCUCUGGAACCGAUGCUCCUCCGACAGAGCCGGCCCGUUUCCCCGCAGCCUCGCCGGCCUCGAACGCCGAGGAGCUGCCGCCGCCUCCGAGAGCGACCUGGCCCGGCAGCAGAGCGAGGAGGCAUCGCCCCAGGAGCAGCAGAAGGCUCCCCCCGUCGCGGGAGGCUUCAACGGCAACAAAGCCCCGGGGCUGAAGUACGAGGAGAUUGACUGUCUGAUCAAUGACGAGCACACCGUUAAAGGGAGGAGGGAAGGCAACGAAGUCUUCCUGCCGUUCAGCUGGGUAGAGAAAUACUUUGAGGUUUAUGGGAAAAUUGCUCAGUACGAUGGUUAUGACAGGUUUGAAUUCUCUCAUAGCUACUCCAAAGUAUACACACAGCGAGCACCUUACCACCCCGACGGGGUCUUCAUGUCCUUCGAGGGCUACAACGUAGAGGUUCGAGACAGAGUGAAGUGCAUAAGUGGUGUUGAAGGUGUGCCGUUAUCCACGCAGUGGGGACCUCAAGGCUAUUUCUACCCCAUCCAGAUCGCACAGUACGGGUUAAGUCACUACAGCAAAAACCUGACGGAGAAACCGCCUCACAUCGAGGUGUACGAGACGGCCGAAGAGAAGGACAAAACCGGCAGGUCCGUGGACUGGACGGUGCCGAAAGGCUGCUCUCUGUCCACGGUGUCCGAUAAAGCCAAGUUCACGAGCGUCAAACAGUUUGUCGCUCCAGAAAAUACCGAGGGAGUAUCUCUGCAGCUUGGGAACACCCGAGAUUUUAUUAUUUCUUUUGAUCUCAAGUUUGUAACGAACGGGAGCGUUUCGGUGGUUCUCGAGACGACAGAGAAGAACCAGCUCUUCACCGUGCACUACGUCUCCAACACCCAGCUCAUCGCUUUCAAGGACCGAGACAUCUACUACGGCAUCGGUGCCAGGACUAGCUGGAGCACCCUCACCAGGGACCUGGUGACCGACCUGCGGAAAGGCGUCGGCCUCUCGAACACGAAAGCUGUGAAGCAGACCAAAAUCAUGCCCAAGAGAGUGGUGAGGUUGGUAGCGAAGGGAAGAGGCUUCCUCGAUAACGUCACCAUCUCGGCCACCGCUCACAUGGCGGCCUUUUUUGCUGCCAGCAACUGGCUGGUGAGGAACCAGGACGAGAGGGGCGGCUGGCCCAUCAUGGUGACGAGGAAGCUGGGGGAAGGAUUUAAGUCCUUGGACCCGGGCUGGUACUCGGCCAUGGCGCAAGGACAGGCCAUCUCAACGCUGGUGCGGGCAUACCUGCUGACGAAGGACCACGCGUUCCUCAGCUCGGCUCUGCGGGCGACGGCGCCGUACAAGCUGCUGUCGGAGCAGCGCGGGGUGAAAGCCGUCUUCAUGAACCGGCACGACUGGUACGAGGAGUACCCGACCUCGCCCAGCUCCUUCGUGCUCAACGGUUUCAUGUACUCCUUAAUCGGGUUGUAUGACUUGAAAGAAACAGCCGGGGAGAAGCUGGGGAAGGAGGCGCGGGUGCUCUACGAGCGGGGCAUGGAGUCCCUGAAGGCCAUGCUUCCCCUCUACGACACCGGCUCAGGGACCAUCUACGACCUGCGGCACUUCAUGCUCGGCACCGCUCCCAACCUGGCGCGAUGGGACUAUCACACCACCCACAUCAACCAGCUCCAGCUCCUCAGCACCAUAGAUGAGUCUCCCAUCUUCAAAGAGUUCGUCAAGAGGUGGAAGAGCUACCUGCGAGGCGGCCGGGCAAAGCACAACUAGAGCUUACAACCAAACUCCCCUGGUCCUGCUGCCUCGCGGAGGUACGGUUUCAAAGGUUGCAUCCGAAAUUUUUUACGGACUGUUUCAAAGAAGUGAUCCUUAAAACUGAUCUCCAGAAAUCAUUGCAUUCCAGUGUGAAAAUAUUUGGGUCCGAUGGGUUGGAUUCGGGAACUUCGCCUGUCCUUAGUGCUCCACAGCGAAACUGCACGAAGCAAAACCCCUUUGUGCUCCUGAGUUUGGGGAUGGUUUUGGGUUUGGGUUUUUUUUUUUUUUCUUUUCCUUUUAGUAGGAAAGUAUUUGCAGAAGCCAUACAGGUCUCUGAAGUCCAGCACUUGCCUGAAAAGUUAGUCUGUGGCCUCUUUGAAAAUGGAGUUAUAUGUGUAUAUGUUGGAACAGCGUAACAGAUCAUGUGGUGUAACGCCGUAAACGUGUAUUUACUUGUAGCCUGGGUAGAGGACAGUGUAUCUUUUUAAAGGUGUUUCUUUUUACACGGAUUCUUUUCUUGGGGUGAAAAACACACUUCCCCCCCCCUCCCCUUCAAUUCUCUGUAUGGAGAUCCUUGAGCUGUAUGGUUUCUUUACAGAUGCGUGGACGGAAAACACGCGGACGGCGUGCAGGCUUCAGAGUCACGUCACGUAAGCACAACUCGGUGGGGCUCACGGACUGCGCAGAGCCCGCAGCCACGCCACCCCCUUUUUGUAAAGCCAAAUUUACCAUCGCCCGUCAGGUUUGCUGGUGUCGCCUCCUCCCUGGUAGCUGGAAUCUCUCGUCGUGGAGCCUGAUGUUUUAUACCGUAUUGUUUAAUUACAUCUGAGAGGUUUCUGUAAGCUUUGGCAACUUCAUUCUUUGGGAGACUUGUCUUGAAUUCCCGAGUGUGAUGUGGAGCUCAUUUUGAGUAGCGUGCAGGAAAUUCAAUUGGAAUUAAUUAAGGUUUUCCUAUGGUGACUUUCAUUUUUAACCUGCUUGAGUAUAUCAAGCAUUUUAAAAAUUAAAAUUACCCCAGAGGGCUUUCCAGCUCCACCUGUGCUUUAAUACUGAGUUUCACCUCUGCCUACUGUCUUCUUACUCAUCGCAUAAGGGGUCAUUAACAUCUCCAGCACUGGCUUCUUGGGUGUGCUUUGUCUUCGUGGCUCUGCCGAGCGAGCGAGGGUACUCGUGCAAUAACCGAACACACGCGUCCGAACCCAAAACGCUUUCGCUGCACGGUUGUAAUGCAGAGGAAACCAGGCGGUUUCUUUUUCCUGUUGAUCCAUCCUUUCCCCCCACCGUUACCCUGCCUUCUCGGCGUGUAGCAUCCUGGUUGAUCCAGAGGAGUCAAACCGAGCGAUUGCAUCAUGAGAUCAGGGGUGGUUAGUUUGGUAGCGUAGCAAAUACGGGGUUAUCGGCUCUGUUGAGGCAUGCUGGUGUUUGCUGCAGAGUCCCCACCGGGAGCGUGCCGGCAGGGGAACGACGCUCUGGCUCUGGGGUUUUUCCACUGAUCCUGUUCCACGUUGUACGUGUAGGUGGGGGGUUAAGCUUAAGAUGAUCGUUCUGAGGACAGAGCUCAUUCAAAUUACAAAAAAGCUGGGCACAAGGACAAUAUGCAUCUUGAUUUUUUUUAUUUUUUUUCUUUUCUCUAUUUUUUUGAUGCUUUUUCUAUUUCUUGCAGAUAUUUGAAACAACUUUGUAAUUACUUGAUCUUUGCAAACGCAUGCUACGAUCAUAUCGAUCAAUAUGAAAAGUGGAUGUCACAGGAGAAAUUUCAAUACCAAAGGUAGCAGAGGUGAAUUAUUUUAUUUUUUUUACGUACACGUGUAUACACAGACGCGCGAGCGCACACACAAACCCCAGAAAAACGUGCUUCCUUUACAAACGACUGGUCCUUACCGCAAAUACAGAAACAUCUUUUUCCUGCGUGUUUCCUCCAUCUUUUGCCCAUUUUAGAUUUGGAGAAUCUGGAGAGACUCUUUGGGUACUGCUGAAGAGAUGGUAUCGGUGCCUUACGGAGGCCACAAUUUCCUCUUUUUUUUUAAUUAUUGAAAAUUGAAAAAUUUUGAGUUAAAAAUCGCAGUGUCGCUGAUCUUUCAGCCGUUGGAUGGGUGAGCUCCGGAGCGCAGGUUGGCCAUGCCAACGCUGCUGGUCCUGUCAGACCACCUUGUCCUUAACAUCUCCCAUCGUGUUUCCGUUGGCCUUAGCACACGUGGAAAUUAAACCAACCACCAUCCGAGGUUGUAGAACCCGGGAGACUUAGCGUGGGGGCUUCUCCUGUUACUUUUUUUUAAUUGAAUUGUGCAGUGGAAGAGGAUUGUUGGACGUUGGUGCCCGUAACUUCAUCGAAUUCACAUAAGUUGGGUUUCAUUUGUUUGUUUUCGGUCUUCAAACUGACAAAGGUCUUAGGGACUAAGAUCUGUUUGGCCUUUCCACGAGGCUUACUGUACAUAGACUUCAUCGAAACACAGUGCGCGUGGGUAUAUGCAAACCAGUGACACAAGCACAACUGUACAGGAGUGGCAGCGCCGGUUUUUCUCGGCCAUUGUGCAAGACAUUCACUGAAAGCUGCUAUUUUCGUUCACCUUGUAAUUGUACUUUAUUUUUUCUACUUUUUUUUUUUUUUUUUUUACAUGUGGGACAUACACCAUGUGUUAAAUAUGCAAUAAAUUGUUUACAGGAUGCUCUUGUAAAGGGUAGUCCUUUGUAAAGCUGUACAGACUUUGCAGUUUAAGCACAAUGUGCACAUGUUAGUUUUAUAUACAGCGAGACGUGACUUUUUGCAGAGGGAAAGGUUCUACUAUGUUUAUAUACGAAGUAAAUGGAUCAACGUUUGUGCUUAAUGUAAAGCUGCUUUAUAAGACUGUAAAAUAAAUUUUUUUUAUCUUAAGACAAA